AUGACUACUAACUAUCAAAGUGAAUAUGUCAAUGUGUCGAGUAUCAACAACAACAACAAUAGUAAUGUAUCAUUGGUAGCUACCAUAUUACCACCAUCAAGAGUUCGAGAACUUAUUAUUGGCAUACUUGUUUAUGGUAUUAUUAUCGUUUUAAGCGUUAUUGGUAAUGUUAUUGUUGUUAUAGCAAUAUGUCGCGUACAACGUUUACGUCAUCCAACAAAUUUUAUUUUAAUGAGUUUGGCCAUAGCCGAUUUAUUAGUGACAACAACAGUAAUGAUACCGGGACUUGUUUAUGAUAUUAAAGCUAAAUGGGUAUUUGGUACCGUAUUUUGUAAGAUUUGGGUAUCAAAUGAUAUUACAUUUUGUACCGCAUCCAUUCUACAUCUAGUUGCCGUUAGUAUCGAUCGUUUUGUUGCCAUUGAAAAUCCGUUAAGAUAUAAACAAAAAAUGACUAGUCAUACAAUAUUUAUAAUAAUUGGUUGUAUAUGGCUCAUUAGUGUUCUUCUAUCCUAUGGACCGGUUAUGCUCGGUCUAUAUUCUUUGGGCGGUGUUCCAGAUCAUUUUCGAGAUGAAACUAAGUGUGUCAUGCGUCCCAAUCGAAUAUAUUCUCUUAUAUCCUCAUCGACAUCAUUUUAUAUUCCAUUAAUUAUUAUUCUUGCUUUAUAUGCUAGAAUAUUUAUAACCGCUCGUAAACAUUCCUUAGAAUUGCAAAAAUUAGAAAAUAUCAUUAAACGUCUACAUAGUAAUGAACAAUUUGUUUUAGAAAGUUCAAAAUGGAAACGAGAUGCAAAAGCCAUAAGAACUCUAGGUAUUGUUGUUGGAGUAUUUAUUAUGUGUUGGCUACCAUUUUUUGUUAUGUAUCUUCGUCUUGCCUAUUGUGAUUAUAAAUGUAUUACUCCGUCUGUUGAACGUCUUAUUACAUGGGUUGGAUAUAUGAAUAGUUUUUGUAAUCCUGUUAUUUAUGCGUUUUCAAACAAAGAAUUUCGUCAUGCAUUUUUUGAAAUUCUUCAUUAUAAUCGAAGUUGUCGAUGUUUUCCAUUUUUAAUAAGUACAAAUAAUUCGGCAAAAGUACGAACAUCAAUAACAAAAUCUAAUUAUUCCAUGGCAUCAAAAUUUACGCCUCCAUUCGGUUUUCAAUCACGACAAACUAGCGUAGUGCCACCACAUCGUCCAAUAAACGGUUUGAUACAUUCUUCUUCUUUAAACGACCAAAUGAACGAUAUUAACAAUAAAACAAAUUCGUAUGAAAUGCAAAUAAUAAACGAUCUUCCAGGAAAAAAAAUUAAAAAUAAUCAUAAUAAUCAUUCGACAGAUAGAUACGAUAGAGAAUUAGAACAUUUAGUAACUAAUGGUGGCGGUGUACAAAAAACACGUCUAAUUCGUAUGAGUAAUUUAUUAUACGAUCAAGAUGAUAUCGAUUCAUCAACGGUAAAAAUUUAA